ACCUGAAUUUGCUGGCCUGAAGUGGGAAUGUAAUCGGCUAGGUGAGUCCCGAUUCUGCUUAUUAUGUAGUAGCUGGCCGUCGCUGCCGUAAGCGGCCGCUUAAGUUUGUCGGAGACGCGCACGCAGAAAUAUUGAACAUCUAAGCCAUUGAAGCAGCAAGCUAAUGUGCCUCAACGAGAAGCGACGCAACUCAAGUACCGGUGCAGCUCGACCGUGGCUGGAGCCCUAGACUGCACUGCUAGGGCUUUUGGUGUCGUCACAGCCCAGCACCGAGAAAAAAAGGGAUCUGCGUCAGAAAUAAUACGGCCGUCUUAUGAGCAAGCUGCCCGCCUCGCAAGGCGGCAAUGCUAAGAAACCACCCUCGCCGGGUACGCGGCCGUCAACUAGGCAAGCCGAGUCACGGCUGCCCGGUUCGGCCUCGGAGCGGAGCCGUCACGAUGCCAGCUGUUCCUCAGCCACAACACCCAGCCAGAGCUCCGUCGAAAGGCUGGGCCCCAUGCAUGGAGGUAGCAGUGAGAAACCCCAGCGGCCUUGGACGCGGCUGUCAUCCAAGGCCGCGGAGUCCCGGCUGCCCGGUUGGAUAUCCGAGCGCGAUCAGAGUGAGGCCGGCUCAUCCUCGGGCUCCAGGGGGAGGCAAAACCCCUUCGAGGGCUUAGAUCCCGGCUACAAACCCUCUGGCACGGCGCCAAUGCAGCGAGAGACGGACACAGUGCCGACCGCAGUUUCAGGGAUUCCUCACCGGCACCGCUCCCAGGAGAACGACGAGUCCCGGCAAAGUCAAGCGCAAGCUAACCUCAGCAUCAGGAAUGUAGAAGUCGCGGCGGAAGAUGACCAGGUAGUACCGGGCGUGGUCCCUUACGUAGACGAGCAUUACCAAAUAGUGCUGAGCUCGGCCGUCGAAGAGGAUGAGCAGCUGGUGCCGAGAGCCGCCUCUGACGCCGGAGGAGGCAGUGACACUCCUAUGGAGGCUCACAUUGCGUAGUUUCUCAAGCGUGUUUGAUGAGAUAGCGAGCUCAGCUUUGACGUCAGUAAAAAAAGGAUAGCAUCGUUUAGCAUAGCCCUGAACAAAAACAGGUCAGGUCGUGGGUCGACUCGUCAACAUCGUAACGGUCGUUCGGCGGCCUUGGCGCACCGGACCACUGGUACACGUCGUUAGUGGAACAGGAUACUCUAAAUUUAUCGACUCUGUGGAUCUCAUUGCUUUCAUUUUAUCGCAUACUUUUAACUUCUUCCAGCGGUUGCUUACUAAUCUCCCUUCUCUUUGUACAUCAGGAUUUUGUAUAUUCUACGUUUCUUUUUCGGUUUUAUUUGACUGCGUGCCCAUUUGUACGUACAGGAAAGAGCCAAGUAAACGCAUUUUAUUUCAUACUAUGCUUGUCAACUUGCACUCAUUGUAUACUUGCGUGUUCUCUACUCGCCUGUGCUGUGACAGGCUUUCACGCCAAUAUACUUCCUGUUUCCUCGGCAAUGCAUUUAGGAUAAGGUUCGGCAAAAUAUGCUA